GCUGUGCCGCGGCGUGGGAAAGCUCCUCAGAGAGGGUUUGGUGUGCUGGCGGUGCGGUCCUGUGCUUGAGCCUCCCCCCCGCCCCAGGAUUUAUUUAUCUCUGCUCCCGCCCCGGCUAGAAGCUGCGCCGCGCCCUGUGCUCACGAUGAAGCGACCUUGCGAGGAAACUACCUCAGACAGCGAUAUGGACGAGACUAUAGACGUGGGGAGUGAGAACAACUACUCGGGGCAAAGUAAUAGUUCUGUCAUUCGAUCAAAUUCUCCAACAACGACAUCUCAGAUCAUGGCCAGAAAGAAAAGAAGAGGGAUUAUAGAGAAAAGGCGCCGUGAUCGUAUAAAUAACAGUUUAUCAGAGCUGAGGCGGCUUGUGCCAACUGCUUUUGAAAAACAAGGAUCUGCCAAAUUAGAAAAAGCGGAAAUACUGCAAAUGACAGUGGAUCAUCUGAAGAUGCUGCAGGCGACAGGAGGUAAAGGUUAUUUUGAUGCUCAUUCCCUGGCCAUGGAUUUCAUGAGCAUCGGCUUCCGAGAGUGCUUGACAGAAGUCGCAAGGUACUUGACUUCGGUGGAAGGUCUCGACACAUCUGACCCCCUGCGUGUUAGACUCGUGUCUCACCUGAGCACCUGUGCAUCUCAGAGGGAAGCUGCUGCCAUGACCUCCUCCAUGGCCCACCACCACCACCCCUUGCAUCCUCACCACUGGGCAGCUGCCUUUCACCACCUCCCAGCCGCCUUGCUUCAGCCAAAUGGACUCCACGCCUCCGAUGCCACCCCAUGCAGACUCUCCUCGGAUGUGCCCCCCCACGGCUCCGCCCUGCUCACGGCCACCUUCGCCCACACCGAUGCUGCCCUCAGAGUUCCCUCCGCUGGCAGCAUCGCUCCCUGUGUCCCUCCUCUCUCUACCUCCCUCUUGUCCCUCUCGGCUACUGUUCAUGCGGCGGCAGCCGCAGCUACAGCUGCUGCCCAGAGCUUCCCCCUCUCCUUCACUGGCACCUUUCCCAUGCUUCCCCCCAGCGCGGCUGCCGCUGCCGUGGCUGCGGCAACAGCCAUCACCCCUCCACUGGCCGUGUCAGCCACUGCCAGCCCUCAGCAGGCCGGCAGCGGAGGCAGCACUAAACCCUACCGACCCUGGGGGACUGAAGUUGGAGCAUUUUAAGUCCCCGCCCUCUCUCCUCCCAGUCCAGCUCCCUCCUCUCCCUCAGCACAAGCACAUGUGCUCAACCCACACACACACCCACACCCACGCACGGGCCUCCGGGACUUGGUGUGUCCUUCCCGCUCAGGCUGCCUGGGUGGCCGCCUUCUCCCGAAGGGCUUGAGAGGUGCCGGCAAGCCCACCGAGGAAUGGCACAGUUAUCUUCCUCACUGGGGUGCCG